GAGACACUCAAAAGACUGAGGUCAUGGGAGAUAACUAUUGCUAUUCGUCGGUAGACGACAAUGGUAGGAAUUUAAAAUACUUAUAGUGUUUAUUUCGCUACAGUUUUGUUCACUACAUAUUACAGGUUCACGUGUAAUACGUUCACAAAAUAGUUUGAAAAUGGACUGGUAGAUUGAAAGGUAGGACAUAAAGAGUUGAUUGUACCUGCGAAAAGACACCACAUCACACGCCCAUCUAGCAACGGGCAUGCAUAUUUGACUCGCCAUAUAAAAAGGCACCACAUGUCCGUAGUCCAAUGAAAGUUUACCUACGCGCAUUUACGAAGAUGAGUAAACGAUUGUUUGAAGAUUCGAAGCAUGCAGAGCUGUAUGCCAAAUUUAGACCAACAUAUGGACAAGAUGUCUAUGAGAGAAUUAUCGACUUCUGUAAAGAAACCUCCGCGGAGUUUAAACUGGCUGUGGAUGUGGGGUGUGGCCCGGGUCAAAGUUCAAAACCAUUGACUGGCUAUUUCGAGAGCGUUAUUGGUACUGAUAUAAGUAAAAAGCAAAUAGAAAACGCUACUACGAAUAUCGCCAAUCUACAGUUCCGGGUAGGACCUGCUGAGGAUCUUGAUUUCCUUGGAAACAACAGCACCGACUUGGUGACGGUAGCUCAGGCUAUUCAUUGGAUUAACACGGACGCGUUUUACACAGAAGUGAGUCGAGUCUUAAAACCGGGAGGGUCACUGGUUGUUUACGGCUAUGGUAACUGCACAGUGAACAAUCAGCAAGCCCAAGACAUCUUAUCAAAGUUUUACAGGGGCACUCUGAAUGGUUACUGGCACGUAAAUCGAGGAUAUGUCGACAAUCACCUCGAACAGUUCGUCUUACCAUUUCCAGGAUGGAGAAGGGACGACAGUUUAAAGAUUGUGAAACACUGGUCAGUAGAUGAUUUUAUUGGUUUACUCUCUUCAUGGUCUGGUUGGCAAGCCUACUUGAAGGCCCACCCUUCCUCUACAGAGCUGGAUGACAUAAAAUCUAGGUUCAAAUCUCUGUAUGAUGACGAUGCCGAACGUGAUGCUGAUACCAAGAUCCGUGUAGAGUGGCCAGUGUUCAUGCUGAUGGGACAUAAACCUGUAGAAACAUAAUAAACAUGUUAAAGCGACAUUCCUGAGUUUGCUGCAUUGUAAGAUGUUUCCGACUAAUAAAAUAUUUCUACGAUUAAA